AUGCAUCGAUCCCUGUGGUUCGCGUGCCUGGUUGCGAGCACUGCUGCAUUCAUGGCCCAGCAGCAGAGACCAAGGACCACGCUGCACGCCGUCGACGUGUCGCUGGAGAAACCGCUUGGCCUCGUGCUCGAGGAGAACGUGCGCGACGCGCCCGAGGGCUUGUACGUGGCAGAAAUCGACUCCGACGGCUCGGCGAGCGCGUGCGCCGACAUCAAGGUCGACGAUCGCUUGGAUGCCGUCAAUGGCGUGGACACGACGUCGAUGGGUUUUGAUGAUGUGAUGGACCUCAUCGUCGACGCGCCGAGCCCGGUGCAGCUCCAGUUCUCGGGCCCGACGUGCCAACUCACGGUCGUCGGCCCCAAGGGCGAGACGACGUUUGAAGUGAAAAAGGGCGCGAAUUUAAGGAAGGAACUGCUCGCGCGCAAGCAGGACGUCUAUGAUUUCAAGGGCAAGAUGAUGAACUGCAACGGCGGCGGCCAGUGCGGAAAUCAAAGUGAGUUAGGUUUCGCAACCUGAACGCCAUCGAGCAGACGCAGGAAUGGAGGCAACCUCGCGUCGAUGGCGUGGAAUCUACACGCCAUCCGUCGAUGGGCGUGGGGCGCCCGAAAUUUCAUUUCCACACAGGCGGCGGCCAGUGCGGCCUCUGCGCCGUACGCGUCGCCGACGGCGCCUUCGGCCCGCGCUACGAGUGGGAGGAGCGCCACGUCGCGAAGAUCGGCGCCGACGCGCGGCUCGCGUGCCAGACGACUGUAAAAGGCGGCGACGCGGCGACGGUGACGCUGCAGGCUAAGUGAUGUUUUGUG